UUUAGGUUCGCCGUUCAGAAUAGUGGCCGAUUAUGCGCGCGACCCAUCGAAAGUUUGUAUCACUGGUUGCGAUGAUGAAAGAGUCCAAAUUGGGGAGCCACUGACACUGACCGUCAAUGCGAAACCUACAGAAUACCUACCUGUUACUGCACAAUUACCUUCACACCUGAAACAGCCGGAUGUUCGAGAAACGGACUCUCGAAUUUACAGUGUCACUUUCACGCCCACUGGCAAAGCUGGCACUCAGUUGCCCUUGGAAAUUUUUUAUGGUGGUGAGCUUAUCAAGUAA